CUCUACCGUACGUACGUAUGUCAAGAAGUAAAACAAUCAAAACUCGCCCUAGCAGAUGGAAAAUACGAAUCCAUUUGAAAAGCAGGUGUGCCGAAUCCAAGGUCCUCACCCAAAAAGUGUUCCUAUUGGCAUUCACAUCCCAAGGUCGCACAACGACGAAGUGUUGACGAACAGAAUCCAUAUUGCACGUUACCUCCGAUCGGACCAUUAUGACGGGUGCGUUUUUUUCUUUCCCGUCCUUUUUCCUGUUGCUGUUGGCAGUGUUGUUGGUCAGUUCGCCGCAUGCGCACACUGCCUCCGCAUUUUCGCUGAACAAAUGGAGUACUGCCACCCGUAGCAGAAACAUAUGCUUGAAUGGAUCCACGGACACCCAACGGGACGAGUCGUCAUCGACGAAACCAACACAAAAAGACAACAAGGCCAUGGCCUUUCUGAAAAAGAUCGGCAAGGUCGGGGGCACCAAGGUCGACUAUACGAACGCAGUAGGGGUCGACGAGGGGAGCGGCGGGGCGAAGGUGUGUUCCUCCAACGCCUCCAAGGUCGACCACGACACAGCGCUCAAAAAAGCCCGACAUGCCUACCGUUCGUGCACCGAGUCUGGAAGCAUCGACGACUUGUCGGAAACCUUUCCGAUCACAUCGUCGGGAACGCAGUGGGCAGGGGUAACGGACAAAUCGGUGGGCGGCAAGUCCUCUGGCACACUGGUGCGGAAGUCCUUUGAGGGGAGGGUCUCAAACGUGCUGGAUGCGAGCAUCAGUUUGGACCAGGACGGGGUUGGCUUUGUCCAAAUGGUGACGGACCUGGCCCUGGAUCCUGCAGUUUCCAAUACAGUCGAUGCCUCGGACUAUGACGGCGUCGAGCUCGACGUUUUUUACAAGGGCGAUGCCGGAGAGGAGCGUUUCAACGUGCAGUAAGUACAAUAAUGCAUUUCGAUGUGGUGAUGACUGUUCAGAUGAUCGAAACAUUUAUCUCUGCUAUGUAAGGUGCACUCCUCAUCGGAUUCAUUCCCAUUGCAUUCCUUAUCUCUUUCCCCGCUGCAUUCCAUCGCAUUUCGUACAACGCACCACAGCCUGAAAGAUUCCCACUGCACGCGGCAGUUUUCGUCCUAUCGAGCUACCUUUGCCGUGCCGGAGGGAGAUUGGACCACGGUGAAGCUUCCAUGGGAAGUCUUUGAGGGAUUUGGGUGGGGCGCCGUGGAACACAACCUCGACCGCUCGGCCCUCCGCCGACUGGGAAUCGUUGCCAUCGGGAAAGAAAUGGACGUCACCCUGGCGCUGUCCGGAAUUCGAUUCCUCCCGAAGCAGAAUUGAGACACGAAACGCUGGAAUUGUUCAUUUUUCAGUACGCAGAAGUUGGUCUUGUAUUGAAAUAAGCCAGGAACCAUGUUCUUCUCCUGGGAAGUAUGGUGGAAUAUUUUGUGCAAAAGUGCAAGCACUGGGUUAUACGGAACGAAACAAUCUUUAUUGAGUUUCUAUUGAAAAUUUGUUGGGCCGAAGCCUAUUACCAUCUAGCAUUACACUACGGCAUACCCCACGUCGACUCGGUACAUAAAAUAGAUCUCCGCUUGUCACGGAACGGAAAUGCUUGCCUGCGUUUUCCUUAUUAUGUAGGACAAUAACAAGAGACGAAUUGGUCGAUUAAAGAACACAACUUGUA